GAACGUCAGAGGAGAGACAGUCACAUUCCCUUCUACCCUGUGUGCUAUUGGUUUGUCUUCGCUCUGCUAAUGCAGACUCCGCUUUAGGAAAAGAAGAACAACUUCCGGUCUACAAGAAAAUGGCCGCCGAGCUUUAGGAUUCCUGCCUCAGUGUGGUUCUGGCGGACAUUUUGUUGUAGCUCAGCGAUGAGAGCUUUCUGAAAAGAGUGUUGUAGUGGUAGCUGGAGAGUGUGUCCAGUGAGGAGGAGGUGUGGAGGCAUCCAGAAUCUCAUUGGAUUCAGUCCACCAUCUUCUUAUUGGGAACACCGGCCAAAGAGGGACAUUAUUGUGAGAAAUGUGGUGGACCCAAGAGGGAACUCCGACCGGAGAACUGGAUCAGAAAGACCAAUGUCUGACACCCCAGGAGACACGACAUAUAAGGGGUACAUCUUGCACUAAGGAGGAGCCCUGCUCACCUGGAGGGCCUCACCCCCACCCGGACUUCUUUACACUCGCCAAUCAUACGCAACCUCCAUUUAUGCAUAUUAAGGAGGAACCCAGUUUAGGUGAGAAACAUCUCCCCCAUUCUGAAAUCUCCACCUUCACCAAUCAUGCACAGCCUCCACUAGUGAAUAAUAAGACGGAACCCCCCCUACAUGAAGAACACUCCCUCCCCUAUGGCGACACUUGCCUUGGAAUAGACAAUCCGCAAUAUGUAACUGUUUGUGUUAAGGGUGAAUCUUAUGGGGAAGAUCUCCAGCACCUUGACUGUCCUCCUCCCCCAUUACAGUCUAUAUCCACGUACAUUAAAGAGGAACCCCUCUCACGUGAAGACCAUCUCCCCCAUCCUGGCCUCUCUACAAGUCAAACACAACAUCUUCCUACCCCAAUUAAGGAGGAACCCCUCUUAUGUGAGGACCGUCUCCCCCAUCCUGACCCCACUACACAUCAAACACAACAUCUUCCUAACCCAAUCAAGGAGAAACCCCUCUUAUGUGAAGACCAUCUCUCUCAUCCUGACCCCUCUACACAUCAAACACAACAUCUUCCUAACCCAAUUAAGGAGCAACCCCUCUUAUGUAAGGACCGUCUCCCCCAUCCUGACCCAACUACAUGCCUUACGAAGCAUCUUCUUACACCAAUGAAGGAGGAACCCCUCUUAUGUGAAGACCAUCUCCCCCGUCCUGACCCCUCUACAUGCCUUACGAAGCAUCUUCUUACACCAAUCAAGGAGGAACCCCUCUUAUGUGAAGACCAUCUCCCCCGUCCUGACCCCUCUACACAUCAAACACAACAUCUUCCUAACCCAAUUAAGGAGGAACCCCUCUUAUGUGAAGACCAUCUCCCCCGUCCUGAUCCCUCUACACAUCUUCCUAACCCAAUUAAGGAGGAACCGCUCUUAUGUGAAGACCAUCUCUCUCAUCCUGACCCCUCUACACAUCAAACACAACAUCUUCCUAACCCAAUUAAGGAGGAACCUCUCUUAUGUGAAGACCAUCUCUCUCAUCCUGACCCUUCUACACAACAAACACAACAUCUUCCCACCCCAAUUAAGGAGGAACCACUCUUAUGUGAGGACCAUCUCCCCCAUCCUGGCCUCUCCACACGUCAGACACAACAUCUUGCUACCCCAAUUAAGGAGCAACCCCUCUUAUGUGAAGACCAUCUCCUCCAUCCUGACCUCUCUACACAUCAUACACAACCUCUUCCCACCCCAAUUAAGGAGGAACCACUCUUAUGUGAAGACCUUCUCCCCCAUCCUGAUCUCUCCACACAUCAUCCAUCUACUCAUAUUAAGGAGGAACCCCUCUCAAAUGAAAAAGAACAACCCCCUGCACAUGCCGACGACCUGCAAUAUGUAACUGUUUGUGUUAAGGAAGAAUGUGUUGAGGAAGAACUCCGUCACCCUGGCUGUCCACCCAUCACACGCUCUGCAACCACAUACAUUAAGGAGGAACCCAUCUCAUGCGAAAAGCAUCUGUCAAAUUCCAAUAUCAAUGCUAAAAAGAAAAAGAUGCAGAACGUUCUGCCACCUAAACUUCACCAGCUGCCUUCUACAAACAAGGCAGACGGGGAGCCACGGUUGGCUCUUGGUGGACAAUCUCCCAAUCUCACUGAAGGGCAGAAUGGUGGCACGGCCACAAAGAAACAAUUGGAAUGUACGGAGUGUGGGAAAGUUUUCCAGAGGAAGUACCAAUUGGUUGAGCACUUGAGGCGGCACUCGGGGGAGCGACCUUACCAGUGCACCGAGUGUGGCAAAGGCUUCGUCAGGAGGAGCCACCUUCAGACGCACUUUAAGAACCAUUCCGGGGAGAAGCCUUUCCAGUGCCCUGAGUGCGAUAAGCAAUUUAUCCAGAACUCCGAACUCUCCGCCCAUUUACGAAGGCACCGGGGAGAGAGGCCAUUCCCUUGUCCAGAGUGUGGGAAGUGCUUUGCCGCCAACUCCCACCUCGUCACGCACUCACGGACCCACACGGGCGAGAAGCCGUUCAGGUGCUCAGAGUGCGGGGCCUGCUUCCGGACCAACGGGCACCUCAGCCAGCACAGGAGGAUCCACGCUGGAGACAAACCCUUCAAGUGUUCUGAGUGUGGGAAAGGCUUCCUGUGGAAAGGGCAGCUUGACAUCCAUCAGAGGAGCCACACGGGAGACAGGCCUUAUGAGUGUCCCGACUGUGGGAAACGAUUCGCCGCCAAGUACAAGCUGGACGCCCAUCAACGAUCGCACACCGACGAGGCACUGAGGUGCGCCCACUGUGGGAAGGCCUGUCGGGAUAAGGAGACCUUAAUCGUCCACGAGCGGGUCCACACGGGGGAGAAGCCCUUCGGAUGCCCAGAGUGCGAGAAGUUCUUUUCCAGCAACGCGCUCCUUAUGUUACACCAAAGGGUUCACACCGGAGAAAAACCUUAUCAGUGUCCCGAAUGUGGCAGGAACUUUGCUCAGAGUUCCACUUUACGUCGCCAUCUUGCUGUACACCGAAAGAAAACGCAGGAACUGAAUUCUGUGCAGAUUUCAUCUUCCUGAUGAAGUGGAUUGUCUGAUUGCCAAUAAUUCAUUUGGUCCAACAUGCAAUGCUUUGAAAAAGUAUUCACACCCCUUUGAAAUUUUCCACAUUUUGUCAUGUUACAACCCAAAACGU